UACCGGCUGGGCCGGAAGAUCGGCAGCGGCUCCUUCGGAGACAUCUAUCUCGGUGGACUGUGCAGUACCACUUCGUGACGUUCACAGGCACCUUUGGGAGCUAAAGCUUCAUGCGUGAUUCUGGUUCUGCUCCGCGGCACCUAGCAGAGGUACGGACAUUGCUGCAGGAGAAGAAGUUGCAAUCAAGCUUGAAUGUGUCAAAACCAAACACCCUCAGCUGCACAUCGAGAGCAAGAUCUACAAGAUGAUGCAGGGAGGAGAUUAGUCGUAUUGAGUAUAUUCAUUCGAAGAACUUCAUCCACCGAGACGUGAAGCCAGAUAACUUUCUCAUGGGACUCGGCAAGAAGGGGAACCUGGUCUACAUCAUAGACUUCGGGCUGGCCAAGAAGUACCGCGACGCCAGGACCCACCAGCACAUCCCCUAUCGUGAGAACAAAAACCUCACUGGGACCGCUCGAUAUGCCUCUAUCAACACCCAUCUUGGAAUCGAACAAUCUCGACGAGAUGACUUGGAGUCCCUGGGCUAUGUCCUGAUGUACUUCAACCUGGGCUCUCUCCCCUGGCAGGGGCUGAAGGCUGCUACCAAGAGACAGAAAUAUGAGAGAAUUAGUGAGAAGAAAAUGUCCACUCCCAUUGAGGUGUUGUGUAAAGGCUACCCUUCUGAGUUUGCCACGUACCUGAACUUCUGCCGCUCCUUGCGUUUCGAUGACAAGCCUGACUACUCGUACCUGAGACAGCUCUUCCGGAACCUGUUCCAUCGCCAGGGUUUCUCCUACGACUACGUGUUUGACUGGAACAUGCUCAAGUUUGGUGCCAGCCGGGCUGCCGACGAUGCCGAGCGGGAACGCCGGGACCGAGAGGAGCGGCUGAGACACUCUCGGAAUCCAGCUACCCGGGGCCUCCCCUCCACGGCCUCAGGCCGCCUGAGGGGGACGCAGGAAGUGGCUCCCCCCACGCCCCUCACCCCUACCUCACACACUGCGAACACCUCUCCGCGGCCCGUCUCCGGCAUGGAGAGAGAGCGGAAAGUGAGUAUGCGGCUGCACCGCGGUGCCCCUGUCAACGUCUCUUCGUCUGAUCUCACAGGCCGGCAAGAUACCUCGCGCAUGUCCACCUCACAGAUUCCCGGUCGGGUGGCGUCCAGCGGUCUUCAGUCUGCCGUGCACCGGUGAACCGCUCUGUGCCGCGAAGGGCAGACGUGCAUGGCUGAUCAACUCUGUACCAAUGGCUUCCUAGUGACGCGCCCCGACCUAGAGCAGGAAUGUUGACACCGGAGCUCUCCAGGCCACUCACCCAGCGACGCGCAUGGGACACACACAUACUAGAUGGACAGAUGCCACGUGCUGCCAGCGCCAGGGGCCACGGCCCACACGUGAGCUUGGUCACCGCUGGGAGGAGCGCGUGUGCCGCGAGCCCUGGCAGAGACUCAGCCCACCGCAAACCUUGCCCUCCGCCUCCGUGGUGGCCCGCGCUCCCUGCGAGGCUGCUGUAACUACCGACUUUUCUGUUGAUUAAGACAGUUUUGUAUCAUUUUGCUAAAAAUUAUUGGCUUAAAUCUGUGUAAAGAAACCUACCUUUUUAUUGUUUUCUGUUUGUUUUUGCGGUCUCACAAAGAUGUUGAUGUUGAAGAAUCCGAAAACAAAGUUGCUGGCUGGCGUUGUGUGUGAGGUGGUCAGGCAGGAGAGUCCCCAGGCUCCAGUGGUCUGUGUCCGUCCGUCUGCUGUCCUGUCAUGCUGUGCUGUGUGGUCCACUGUAGAGAGGGGUAUCUCACCAGAGUUCUGUCACGUGUGCAUCUGCGUACAGGUCGUGCGCCCCUGCGUACAGGUCGUGCGCCCCUGCGUACAGGUCGUCUGUGUGUCGUGGACUGGUGUCUUGUGGCCCAUUAGCCUGGUUUGGGUGUCCUCGCCCUCUGUCCCCCGUCAGAAUGGACGUUCCCACAGCAGCUUUGGAUUGCUCUCCAGUGAGAAGGUGCAGGCUGCUGCAGAGAAGGACAGCGCUGCGGUGUUUCCAGGCCACACGCAGCCCUGCCCCAGAGGAGGACGAGGAUGCCAAGAACACUGCGGACGCGGAUGUGGAGGAUGUUGGGCGCCCGGCUGAGUCGGGUGCGUUUCUGGUUUCCAGGGAGAGGACUGUUCGUCAAGAGCUGUCGGGUCGUGUCGGGGUCGUGUAUGUGAUUGGGGGAUGUUUGUUGCCUAAAUGCCUUUGAAUUUCAAUUUGGGAAAUUUUCUGAACAGACUGUAUGUGCAGCCACCGUUAAUCUGUUAAGACUUGUGAGCUUAGUAGGAAGGCGUGUGGUCUUGCGUGCCCAAGGGUGCCCAGCAAGGUGGUGAGGCAAGGGGGAUUCCACGCCAGGGUGCCAAGAAGCAGACGACGAACCCAGACGCAUCACAGAGCAUGUGGGAGCGUGUGCCAUGUGGCGGGUAUCCCUGGACCGCACAGGAACAGCCCUGACACCACAGGUCAAGUGCUGUGUCGCCAGAGGAGGAGCGUGGACGAGCUGGGCGGCACGUGCUCCUGCUACUCCUGUGUUUGACUGCUUCUUGGAAGCUAGGACCCAGGGUACCCCCUUCUCCUUCCAUACCCCAAUGUUUCUUGGCCCAGGAGCACUGGGCCAGCCCACCGUCACUGUUGGUGGAUGUUGCAGGCGUGGCUGACCUUACCGGGGCCGCUUCGUUCUGAAUGGUCAGUGAUCUGUCACUCCCGAAGCACCGGGGGUGGGGGUGGGGCAGUGUUUACAGAGGGAGCGCCUUCUUUGGACUGAGGCUGUUCCCUUCCGGCCUCAGCGGGCGCUCUGCGUGCCACAGUUCCCAUGUCAUGGCGCCUCGCGGCCUUUGCCUGAGGCUGCGGGGUGAACAGCUCUGCCCCCCACGCACACUGUAACCCAGGUGGAAUGUAUCAGCUGUGUGCAGAGUCUGGACAGCGCAUUUGUACCACCACUGUAUUUGUGUACUUUAACAACUGUGUAAAUAAUAAAUUCAUAUGGCUUCUACAUUUCUCCCUAGCCCCUUUCCUGGUCUUCAUUUUGCAGUCUGGGAGUUUUCAACGUACGUAGUGUGUGUUGCGUGGCCUCGCUGGACUGGGUGCCCUGUGGUCCUGGGCCUCAGGCCUAAGGGGGAAGCUGGCGGGUGGAGCCACCCAUGUCCACGCCUGUGGCUGGGCUUUGCAGGCAGGGCCUGUGCAUCUGAACCCAGUCUUUCCUCUGGACGUCUGCCCGUUCUGGGUAAGCAGUCAGUUUCCUGUUCCAAACCCACGUGGUAAUUGCUGGAACUGUCCAGGAGCACUGAGGCCCUUGUCUUGCACGAUUCUGUGUGUUAGGGAAAUCCAUGGUAGUCUAUCUUGUUUGUUCGGGUUUCGGGUUGUCUGCCUUCCCAACCACCUUGCCUCAUCCCGAACAAUUUUGUCUCCUCCGCCCGUCCUCAAGCCGCCGUUCUGGCCCUGGGCGUCUGGUCAGCUUGCAGCAGGGACCCCAGGGCCACUCAGAGGCCCUUGUACUUAGGUCCUUCCUUGUUCCCUAGGCCUGCCUGUCGGGGGGCCUGCCUCUUGGGCCAGCUCUCCUCCCUGUCUCCACACCUCCCCGCUGCCCGAGGCUGAGGAGGCAGCGUUUGGAAUCUAGUUCUCGGUGCGAAUGAGACGCCGACCACUCACCCCAGGCCUUUGCUUAGACUCACAACAAACUAGUUUGCAGUAAGAGUUAAGUUCUGAGCACCUUCCUCACCUUCCAGAACCCUUGUCGUCAGCUGCUGUGGUGUCCGCCCUGACGCGUGGUAACCCCGUGCACAGCAGUGUGAAGCACUGCCCAGUUCUGCACCGUCCCCGUGAUCAUGCGGGUUGGGCAGUUGUGACCCAUAGGGUUUUGAUUGGCUGAUUCUCAGAAGUAGACCUGGACCUUUGUUCCGGGUCUGUCUGGUUUGGGAGCUCUGCUGAAACCUGUUCGGCGUCACAGCAACACUCAAGCCUCAAGUGACAGAUGGGUGGUGGCUGCGCAUGAGGUGCCUCGGGCAGGAAUCCAACCUGGGUCUCCGUCACAGAGGGCGAGGGUCCUGCUGUCCCUCUUCCCCUCGGAGCCCUCACCUGUUGUCUUUUCAUUUCCUGCCAGGAGGGGGCGCACGCGGCUGUCUUCCUUCCAAGAGCUUGCCCCCCCAACACGUUGCCUCCUC